AUGGUUAAGACAAUUCCUUUCGGUGACCUUCAAGUUGCAUCGCCCGGUUUUGGUGCGAUGGGGUUGAGCUUCGGCUUGGGAACGAACCUGAGCCUUGAAGAAGCUGAGCCAGUACUACUGAAAGCAAUUGAACUCGGGUGCACUUUUUGGGAUACAGCUGUCGUUUACCAAGCUGGAGUGAACGAAAAGCUUCUUGGAGAUUUCAUCAGAAAGCACAACGUUCGCGAUAAAGUUUUCCUUGCGUCGAAAUGCGGCAUAAUGGCCUUUGGGGAAGGGAGUGGAUGCACGAAUUCGCCCGCCCACAUCAAGUCGUAUAUCGAGGGUACCAUCGAGCGUCUGGGAUUUACUCCCGACUUGUACUAUCUGCACCGUAUUGAUCCAAACACUCCCUUGGAGGAGUCCAUUUCUGCGCUGGACGAGAUUCGCAAAGCGGGCAAGACAAAGUACAUCGGUCUAUCAGAGUGCUCUGCAUCAACGCUGCGCAAGGCCAAUUCCAUUGCCAAAAUCGAUGCCCUCCAGGCAGAAUAUUCUGCAUUCGAAACCAUACACGAAAGUGACGGCUUGAUCGAUACCGCAAAGGAGCUUGGCGUCGCAUAUGUCGCGUACAGCCCAUUGGGUCAUGGAUGGCUCGUGGAUGACUUCCAAUACAAAUCGCCGGAUGACUUUGCUCCGUCUGAUUUCCGUCGUACCUCACCCAAGUUCCAGGGUGAAAACUUCUACAAGAACAAACAUAUUGUGGAUGAAAUUAAGAGGCUUGCGGCUCGACGGGGGUGCACCACUAGCCAGAUCGCGCUCGCUUGGGUCGCCGCCCAGGGAAUGAUCGCUAUUCCCGGAACAACAAAAGUCAAGAGACUGGAGGAGAACUGGGCAUCCCGAGAGAUUGACUUGACCGAGGAGGAGAAGCAGGAAUUCCGUCGUGUGGUCGAUGCUGCCAAGCCUCACGGCAAUCGAUAUUCACCUGCGCACCAGGCAUGGGUUGGCCAUUGA